GAUCACGUGACCCGUUGGAACUCCCCGGGAGCCUCGGGAGGGGUCGUCCUGCUGCCAAAGUUGCCCCGCGCGUCACCGCCUCUUGCCUCUAGUCUUGAACCAUAUUUGGAUCUGUUCCAUCGGGGCUUCUCUCCCGUGGGGAACCUCCUACGUCACAGGCUUGCUGUAGUUCUUCAUCCAGCAGGAGAAAUGACUCACUGGUUUCAUAGAAACCCUUUAAAGGCUACAGCUCCUGUCACAUUCAAUUACUAUGGGGUAGCCAGUACUCCAGCUGCAGCAAAGAUUUGCAAUGAUCUAAGGUCCUCUCGAGCACGACUCUUGGAACUUUUUACAGAUUUGAGUUGUAAUCCAGAUAUGAUGAAAAAUGCAACUGAUUCUUAUUUUUCACUCCUGCAAGGUUUUAUAGUUUCACUGGAUGACUCUUCAAAGGACAGCAAACUGAGAUAUGUUCAGAAUUUUAAGUGGACAGACACUUUGCAUGGACAAGUACCAAGUGCACAACAAGAUGCUGUAUUUGAACUAGUUUCCAUGGGAUUUAAUGUGGCUUUAUGGUACACUAAGUAUGCAUCAAGGUUGGCUGGAAAGGAAGACAUAACUGAAGAUGAAGCUAAGGAUGUCCAUCGGAGUAUGAAAAUAGCAGCUGGAAUUUUCAAACACUUAAAGGAAAGUCACAUUCCUAAACUGAUCACUCCAGUAGAAAAGGGAAGGGAUUUAGAAGCUCGGCUAAUAGAUUGCUACAUUAUACAGUGCCAAGCUGAAGCUCAAGAAGUGACGAUUGCUCGAGCAAUUGAGCUGAAACAUAAUCCUGGUCUAAUAGCUGCUCUGGCUUAUGAAACAGCCAAUUUCUAUCUGAGAGCAGAUCAAAUGUUAUCCAGUCUGGACCCAGCAUACACAUUGAAGUGGCGAAAAUAUUUUCAUUUGAAGUCAUGCUUCUAUAUGGCUUAUGCCUAUUGCUACCAUGGACAAACCCUUCUGGCCAGUGAUAAAUGUGGAGAAUCAAUUCGUGCCUUACAAGAAGCAGAAAAAUUUUUUGCAAAGGCUGAAGCAUUAUGCAAAGAAUAUGGUGAAACCAAAGGCCCUGGGACUACAGCUAAGCCUUCCAGCCACCUUUUCUUUAGAAAAUUAGGAACUCUGGUGAAAAAUACCUUGGAAAAAUCCCAGCGAGAAAAUGGAUUCAUUUACUUCCAGAAGAUUCCCUCAGAGGCUCCCCAGCUAGAGCUGAAGGCCAACUAUGGUCUGGUUGAGCCUAUUCCUUUUGAAUUCCCUGUGGUGCAUGCCCAGUGGACCCCAGAAACCCUUGCUGCAUUUGAUCUCACCAAAAGGCCAAAGGAGGACAGUGCUAAACCAAAACCAGAGGAAGACGUGAAACCUAUGAAAGAGCCAGACAUAAAGCCUCAGAAAGACACAGGAUGCCAGAUAUCUUAAAUUCUGCAAGUGCUUUGAAAUACCUCUUGUGAGCUACGUCUUGUGGACUAUGGGGUUCUCUUGUCUUCCUCAUUUACUGCCACUUCUGGACUCCUUCAUCGUAAAAAUCAAUUCACAGCUUUUCACGUUUUAUACGUAUCUAUACUUGGCUGAGUUACAUGACUACAUUUCAAAGGAAGCUGACCAGGAAUGAAAAGAAUAAAAUUAGAUUGGAAAAGUAUAUGAUCUUAGUGCAGAAAGUGAUCAGUUAGAAUCUCAAACUGAAUAGGCAUCUGAUUACGAAAGAAAUGAUAGGGAAUACAAGGGGUAAAUCUAAGGCAGUGCAGUAAUAGAGAAUUGAACAAAAUGAUUAUUGUGGGAACAUUAAAGUGCUGUGUAAAAACAAAGUUGACUGAAGCCAGGGCAAGAGUACAGGAAAGAUGAGUGUGAGGAUCACAUUUUAAGAGCAAGAGAAUUUGAAAAAUCCACAGAAAUGUAUAGAAGUACAUACAUUUUACACUUUACACUUUAAAACUGUAGAAUAAUGAUAGAAAGAUUCAGCACAGGAAAUAGAAGAUUCCAACUACUGUAGUUUAAGCCCUGAAAGGAGGACAGCUCAUCUUCACACUUCAAAUACAUCAAGACAAAUACAAGAAAAUGUGGCUUUGUGAUGUUUGACCUACUGUUUUGACAGACACAGAAGUUUUUUUAUAAUAGAUGUAAAGGAGAAAUAACAGAACGACAUGUUAAGAAUAAUUCAGCCUUUAUACCUUAAGAGCUUAAUAGAAGUAAAAUGGUAAUGAGAACUUUACAUUUCAUAUGAACCUGCUCUGUUAUGUAAAGGUUGCUUGUUCUAGAGAGGGAGAAAUAGUGUCCUGUAGAGAAGACUCACAGGUGUAUAUAGUAGUACUGUAUAGUGACAUGAAUAUGAAUGAAAAGGGGGCUUAGAAUAAUGAACCUGGGUUGCAGAAGCAGAUUAUAUAAAAGAACAAUGUAGAAAAGUCAGUAUAUAUCCUGUCUGUGGAAAGGGUGGGGUAAGAAAUGAAUUGAUGGGUGUCCUUUCACUGCUGCAUUGCAAUUGGAAAUGGAGGUUAAAUGUAAUAGAAGAGGCACUUCUAACAAAAAAGAUUAGGAAGUUGAGAAAAAGAAUACGGUGGUAAUACAGUUGAAAGGAGUUAUAACUAGUAGAUAGAAAUGUUCAAAACAAGAGUCAUGUCUCGCAAGUUGUGAGGGAUGAUUUUGGAGGCUUGGCAAGUUAUGGAUAAAUCAUUAAAUGGAAGCAUUGGGGUUGAAUCUAAGGAAUAUUUUCUCUUGAUAGAAACUGGAAGCUGAAAUAAUCUCACUGCCUCUGUUUAUGCUAUUUAGAUUAUCUCUGUUUCUGAUAACGUUUGAGAGAUUCCAAACGAAGGUUCAUUUUCCACAUUCAAAGUAACAAGCAGUGUCUCUUUUGUAAAUAAGGGUCUUUUCUACACAGUUAAAGAUAUCUCACAGGGCAGAUACCUAGAACAGGAUUCAAAUGCAAGUUUAUAAAGCAAUUUAGCAUGUUAUUUGGCCUUGUUUCUUUUUUCUUCAUUACAUAUAGGUUAUUAUAACCUUGCAACAGAAAGAAAACUACAAGUGAAAUCAGACUUUACAGAAACUUUCAAAAUAGAAAGAACCUAAAGAUUUGUGCUUAGAAUCGCACUUGUAUAUUUUUAAAGUGAAAUGUGUAAACUGAUGACAACUUCUGUAGAUUAAUUCAGUUUACAUUUUAGACCUAUAUUUGGUGAGAUUAUUUAACGUUGUAGAAUAUUAGCUUGGCUAGACUUGGAAAUGUUUAUGAUGGCCAGAAAAUAGUGUGCUUCAGAAUGUUUCGUUAUUAAACACUAAUAGUAUGUCAGCCAUAUACAGUAAAUGCAACUCUACAUUGGUUUUAUCAAAAACUAAAAUUAAGCCUUUAUUUGGUGUAUUUUCUAACUAUCUCAUAUCAAAUUGAAUAGAAGAAGAACAGAACUGUAUUUGAAUCUAUGGAAGUGUGUAUGACAGUGUUCCAUGUCACAAAGUUUUACCAGGUUAUGUAAAGGUCAAGAGGGCAUUCAGGUAAUGGUGAUUACCAGUCUCAGGAUGUGUAAUUAAAAUAUUCUUAUUAGAGUUUCAGGUUAGUCAUUUGAAAUUAUUCAUUUUACCAACUAUGCCAUUAGCCAAUUAAUAAAAAGUGCCAUAAAUAAACUGCUAUCAGAAAACAAUUCAUCCAUCAAUUUAGCCAGAAGCAAUCAAUUAUGCUGCCCAGUCAUUCAAUUUGUAUUCUAAAAUAAGCCUAAUUGCUUUCAUGGAGGUUUAAAAAUAAGCACAACUUUAUUGUUCUUUCACUUAACAGUUGAUAUUCCCAGUGCUCUAAAAUUGAUGCCCUCCCAUCUUCUGCACUGUGUCAAGUUUUCCUGCAGUUAAUCAGCAUUCUCAGUAGAAGACCAGCAGCUUAUUGUUUUGUUCAGUCCCCCACCUUUCAACUCUGGGGAGGUAAUGCAUAUAUGUAUAUUUGAGAAGAAGCUGAAGAGAGGAGAGGGUGACCCUCUUUUAUUUUCUCCCCCAUCCAGUGAAUGGUUGAAGGAGGGAUGGAUUGCUCUUAUUAGAGGUGUCAAUUCAAAGGCUCUCAGAAGUCCUUUGAAAGUAGGCCAUGGGCUACAGGUUGGUCCUUCUGAGCCUGUUGCUCGGUGUUAUGACUCAAUGUCAGAAAAUCCCUGAUCCACCCCCUGCUCCUCUGAGGUGUACUAGAUGUCCUUCAUAGCUCAUUUAUUCACCCAACUCUUCCAGCUCACAUGGCUCUUGUUUCCUUGUGUGCUUUUGUUUUUCUUUUGCCCUCACUCCUUCCUUCUCUUAACCAUAAUCUUUUGCUAAGUGUAUUGUGCUCAUUUCUGACCACAUAUUCCAAACCAGUAGCAUUUCAGUCAAGCUGAGAGAGAUCAUGUGCUUUGAUUGAGGCUACAGUUUUGAAUUAAAUGUAAAUGUGUACUUUUUUCCUUGGAUUUUUGGUUGUUAUCUUGGUGCAAUCUUAAGCUUCACACUGGGACCUCAGGAAUUACAAAAUAUUUCUUUUCACACAGAUUUCAGUCACAAAUAAAUCACAACAUUAAUAAAAUGAUUGGGAGCAUUGGGCCUUUCAGUCAAAAUAUGAUGUUCCCUUUUUUGUGGUCUGUUUGAGGUUUUGUAGCAUAAAAUAAUCACAGAGCAACUGCAGAGCUAAUGGGCAACUUGGAUGACAACCACUGAGAACCCUCUUGCCAAAUUAAAAUAGAUGUUCAGUACAACCCCAGUUUUUGUGGGAGAUAGGUUCACAGAUCUCCAUGGAUACCUGAAACUGUAGAAUAACAAGCUGUACAUUUUAAUUUAUACUUAGGCCUGAAUCAUGCUUUCGAUUCGUACUGGACAACCAAGAGUGACCAGCAAACACUUCAAGGGAGGGAAUAUUUUUGAAUGUUUAAGAUACAUUGAUAAAGGGGUCAUACUGUGUAUUUAUUUUAAAAACAAAUGUAACCAUGUCAGCUUUUGAGAUCUCCACAAGUAAUGAUUAAGCUAGAUGAUUAGAAAAUAAGGUAAGGGGAAGAAAAGAAUAGAAAACUUAAUGCAAACUGGUUUAUAAUAGAAAACUUAAUGCAAACUGUAGCCAAAGAAAUAUGUCAAAUCUCAAAGGGGAGACUGGAGGUGUGAGGGCUUUUUUGUUUUGAAAAAGAAAAACUAGCACACAUUCAAACACACAACAGACUGUAAUGCUUGCUGCUGUUCACUUGACAACAGUCUCUCUCCCUCCUCAAUCUCUUUGACUACUUUUCCUCUUGCCUGUCCCUGAGAAAGCUGCUUGUGCAAUAUCAUGUACCAUGUUUGAUUUUAAGCCUUAUUUUAGCUCAAGAUCUGUAUAUGUGAUUAAAUCUUCCUUAUUCAUCUUCCAAACUUGAGAGACAUUUCAGCUUAACCAUGUUGUGUAAAUUAAAAUGAAUCGACACUGGGCUUUCACUUACUUCAUUUCUUAAGAUUAUUACCAUUACUUUGACUCUUGUGUGAUGUACUUACUGUGUUUGUAUUGAGAAAAAGAUAUGACUACUUGCAUUCCAAAGUGUGUGUGACAAAGGCCUCUGUAGGCACUGUGACUGAAUAGCCUUUAGUUUAGAGAUAUUUUGCUACAUGGAGCAGAACAGCAAAUGUCCUGCUAAUUCAAGGAGCACAGGAUCCAAAGCCAAGCCACAUGUGUUCAUCCCUGUUCUUUGCAUUUAACUCCAUUAAUAAUGAAAUAAAUCACUAAAAUCCUUCUACCCUUUCAUGACACCCAAAACCAGCCUAAUGACAAGGCCUAACGAUAAGGCCAAUUCUCGUCUUAGUUAUUGUAAUAUUAUUGAUCAUCUGGCUAGGCUUCAGUCAGGAAACCAAGUGCAGGAGAAGAUUUGAGACACCAUACAUUAGUGGUUCUCAGCCUGUGGGUCCCUAGGUGUUUAGCCCUACAACUCUCAAAAAUCCCAGCCAGUUUACCAGCUAUUAGGAUUUCUUGGAGUUGAAGGCCAAAACAGCUGGGGAUCCACAUGUUGAGAACCACUGCCAUACAUUGAAAUUCUAAAUUUUUACUUGAACUCAUAUUUAUAAUGUCGCCAAUAUGCCAUAAUCAUUUUAUUGACUGCAGUACCUUUGAAAGGUUACUGGCUAUGUGCAGACCUCCAUUUAAGGUAUUAAUUCAUUUAUGCAUUAUUUAUAAUUUAUAAUUCAUUUAUUUGAGAUCAUUAUUAUUGUCUUUAUUUAUUUAUACCUCGCUUUUCUCCCCUUGAGGACUCAAGGCGACUAACACUCCACACUAGAGAUUUUUUUUAAAAAACAAUUAAAUAGUAACACUGGUAAAAACAAAAUUAAAAUACAAUAAAUACACUAAAAUGGUAAUUAAAACUCAUAUGGCCUUUAAAACUCGAUCCCCAAAUCAUUUUGGGUUAAUAUAUUUUAGCUUCCUUUCCCCCUCCAAAGGACUCAAACUAACCAAUGCAGUGAUCAGUUUUCAGUGGAAAGGAAAAAAUAAACAAAGAAUGGACCAGUAAAAGCUUUGCAUUUAACCCCAAGAUGGAGAGUGUUGACAGCCUGGAUUUUCGGAAAUAAGUGAAAACCAUUAUAGCUUGUUCUUCCCAAAAACUCGGGAACGUUCCUGAUAUAAUUCGGUGGGGGGUCCUCCCAUGUUCUAAGACUAAAUGCAGUCACUGUGGCUUGAACAUCAGCGAGCAUCUUUUCUUGUGAUCUAUAUGUGAGGUUAAUUACUAUAGAUUUUAGAUUUCCCCUUCCCUCGCCUUUGUCCAACAUAGCGUCCUCCACUUUGGGAUUAUAGCAAGUUUCCAUUUAGCAUGCUGUGUUCAUGAGUCCAUAUGAUUAUGUCUGUAGAGUUGUAGGAUAAGUUAUUGAAUUUCAGUAUAUUAACACAAAGACAACUUUGCACUUUAUAAUCUUUAUGUUCUUUAUUAUGUAAUAUUAUGUACUGCUUACAGUAUAUUGAUAAAAAAUGGUCAAAUGGGAUAGUCUACUGUAAUCUGCCUCAGCCACUUGCGCUACAAUAAAUUGUUAAUUAAAGUUGAA